UGCUCUUCCAAUCCCAGGAAGCGAAACACGCUUGGAACUUGAGUGAACUAUCGGACCAAGAGGCAUGGGGUGCAACGUUGAUUUUGAUCCAGAAACUAACUGCAGACAAAUUAAUUGUCUCUAAUUUCGAGCAUUAUCCCCAAAGUAGCGAUCCGUUGACCCUGAUGGCGGAAUCCCUCAGGACUGAAUCUUCGUUUGACUACUAAUUUGCAUCUGGUGGCUAACGAUCUGAUUGCUGAUAAUGAACCUCAUGAAGCUCAGUCACAAAAGUUUGGAGAGGACAGCGAGGAGGAUAAGUUCUCAGGACUAAGUGAAGACCUCCCUCCUGAAGAAGUGUGAAACAUGCCCUUGCCAUUUGGCUUAAAACUUAAAAGGACUAGACGGUAUACUGUUUCAAGCAAGAGCUGUCUUGUCACACGGAUUCAGCAGCUCAAUGGAGAGUUUGUUGAGUUUACACUUUCAGUGGAGAGCACUGGGCAGGAAUGUUUGGAGGCAGUUGCCCAGAGACUCGAGUUAAGAGAGAUAACGUACUUCAGUCUGUGGUACUUCAACAAGCAGAACCAACAGAGAUGGAUUGACUUGGAGAAGCCACUGAAAAAGCAGCUGGACAAGUAUGGGCUGGAGCCCACCGUUUACUUUGGAGUCGUGUUUUACAUACCCAGUGUCACCCAACUGCAACAGGAGAUCACAAGAUAUCAGUAUUACCUUCAGCUAAAGAAGGAUGUUCUGGAUGGCAGGAUCUCAUGCUCGCUUGAACAAGCUAUACGUUUAGCUAGCCUGGCGGUGCAAGCUGACUUUGGGGACUUCAAUCGAUAUGAUUCCCAGGAGUUCCUACAGAAGUUUGUGCUAUUCCCUAUUGACUGGAUUCAGGAUGAGCGAGUGCUGGAAGAGGCCACUCAAAAAGUGGCUCUGCUUUAUCAGUCCUUCAGGGGUUUGUCAGCCCCAGAGGCAGAGAUGCUGUACAUGCAGGAAGUGGAGAAAAUGGAGGGCUAUGGCCAAGAAAGCUUUCAGGCCAAGGACAGUACAGGCACAGAUGUUACCCUUGGAUCCUGCCUGGACGGCAUCUUUGUCAAGAACAAAAACGGAAGGCUUCUUUUUUUACACAGGUGGAAUGAAAUUAACAACAUGAGUCACAACAGGUCCUUCUUUGCCCUGGAGCUAGCCAACAGAGAGGAGAGUGUUCAGUUCCAGACUGAAGACAUGGAAACCUCCAAAUAUGUGUGCCGGAUGUGUCUGGCCAGACUCAAGUUUUAUAAGAUCAACAAGAGUAGCCUCCUCACUUCUAUCCUCCUCUCCUCCUCUCUCUUCAGAGAGGAGUGUGACCCCCUGCCUUCUGAGGGCUCCCAGAAGUCCCUUCUCACUCUAUCCUUUCCUCGCUUUCCAAUGCUCUCUCGUCCCUCUCUGCCUUCUAAUAAGGGCCAAACCCAGCCCGCAGUUGUAAACCCAGUCAGACGGAGAUCCUCGACUAGAAUAUCUCUGCCAAAGCCUCAGGCCUACAUGAUGCCCCCUCCUCAAAUGCACUACAAUGGCCAUUUCACAGAGCCUUACACAUCAUCACAGGACAACUUGUACAUGAACAGUCAGAACGGUUAUUACUACCACUCUCAGACCAGCCUGGACUGCCCUCCUAUGGAAUACAGCAGCGGAGGGCGUUUACGUAACGGCAGCGUCUACAGCGCCCAUAGCACCAGCUCUCUAACCAAUCCUCAACACUACCUUCAACCUUCACCCAUGUCCUCCAAUCCCUCUAUCACAAGUGAUAUUACCAGGCCAGACUACGUCCCCUCGCAUCGCCACAGCGCUCUCAUCCCACCUUCCUAUCGCGCUACUCCCGAUUAUGAGACAGUGAUGCGACAGAAAAACCGAGGAGCGGGAGGAGGGAUGGUUUUGUCUCAAGAACACCGGCAGAGCCACUCCAUGAGGAACCUAAACAUUGGAAACUCGUACGCCUACAGCAGACCAGACCCUCUAGUUUACAGCCAGCCAGAGAUCAGAGGGGAGCAUGGCGGAGCGGCCCAACACCACCACUAUCCUUUCCAUCUGGGCUCAAGCUUUCACAGCCCCUCUCCAUACCCCUAUCCAACAGAGAGGAGGCCCGUAGUGGGAGCGGUUAGUGUCCCUGAGCUCACUAAUGUCCAGUUACAACAAGCCCAGGAGUAUCCAGCUCCUAACAUCAUGAGAACACAAGUGUACCGACCACCUCCGCCCUACCCGUACGCCCAUCCACGGCCUGCAAACAGCACACCUGACCUGUCACGUCACCUGUAUGUCAGCAGUAGCAACCCAGACCUCAUCAUCACGAGGCGUGUGCACCACUCUGUCCAGACUUUCCAAGAGGACAGUCUGCCUGUGGCUCACUCUCUACAGGAGGUGUCUGAGCCUCUUUUCAGCGGACCCCCACACAGACACCCACACUACGCUCAGAAGCGUAACUCCAUUGAGAUUGCUGGAUUGGCUCAUAGUCUCGAAGGGAUGAGGGUCAAAGAGCGGACUGUGUCUUCUUCAGCAGCUGAAACUGCUACACCCCCUCCAGUCUUGCGUGGCGGUCGCUCCCAGGGCUCACAGCUCAACGUCUUCCUGGAACGUACAAAGGCAGAGGACAGGGGCGACAUUAAGGAGGAUGUGCAGUACGGACACAAAAAGUCCCUCUCAGAUGCAACCAUGCUGGUUCACAGUAGUGGUGAGGAAGAGGAGUUUGAGGACGACAGUGGACGUCACACUCCACUUUCUCAGGACGCAAUGGCAGCCAUUGUUCCUGAACAGGCAUCCCAGCAGCAUCACAGUCUAUCAUCUCUCUCUUCUCUGCCGCCUCAGCAACAGACUCCCAUAGAGCCGCCGCCUGCAUAUCCCAUAGGUUCCUCCCUUGACCCCUCUAUAACGGGCUCCUUGACUUACAAGGUUCACCCCCUGAUCCAGGAGGGUGAGCCUCUGUACCUGCUGUCAGAUUUCCGACAGCCCAGGAUUAUGCCCUCUGUCUCAGAGGGAGACCUGAGUGGCCAGGGCAAGCAGAGGACUAAAACAGACUGCAAGAAGAGGCCUGUGUCUGAUGUUCCUCCUGGCAAGAAAACAGUGGAAGGUUUGCCCCCUCCGGGCAUGAAGAAAGGAGCGAGGUCAGAGGUGAAGAAGAUGGGCCCUCUGAAGGUGGCCAAGCUCAACGGCCUGUCAGUGUCCAGGCAGCCAAUGCAUGACGAGAUCAAGGAUGAGCCUGAAAGAGCCUCUAAUGACGAGAGGUGUAAAGUGCUGGAGCAGCACAUGGACAGGGGCGAGUUGUUAAAGGAGUACGAGAAAAUCCCAAAGCGUCCAGGAGGGGAGUACACCAUCGCCCAGCUGCCAGAGAGCGGAGACAAAAACCGCUUCCAAGACGUCCUGCCUUAUGACAGCAACAGAGUGGAGCUGGUUCCCACUAAAGAGAACAACACAGGCUACAUCAACGCAUCGCAUAUCAGAAUAACAGUCGCCGGGCAGGAGUGGAGCUACAUCGCAACGCAGGGUCCCAUGUCGAACACGUGUCAGGACUUCUGGCAGAUGGUGUGGGAGCAGGGAGUCUCCAUCAUCGCCAUGGUCACAGCUGAAGAGGAGAGCGGCCGAGAAAAGAGCUUCCGGUACUGGCCGCGACUUGGCUCACGCCACAACACGGUGACGUACGGCCGCUUCAAAAUCACCACCCGGUUCCGCACCGAGUCCGGCUGCUACGCCACCACAGGGCUUAAGAUCAAACACCUCCUGACGGGCCAGGAGAGGACUGUCUGGCACCUGCAGUACACAGACUGGCCUGAUCAUGGCUGUCCUGAGGACUUCAAAGGCUUCCUCACCUACCUAGAGGAGAUCCAGUCUGUGAGGAGACACACAAACAGCAUCAGUGACCCAAAGAACACCAACCUACCUGUACUGGUCCACUGCAGUGCCGGAGUGGGACGGACUGGAGUGGUCAUCCUAUCUGAGAUCAUGAUAGCCUGUCUAGAGCACAAUGAGCCACUAAAUGUCCCAGAGGUCCUGCUGAAGCUACGCACUCAGAGGAUGAUGAUGGUUCAGACUUUGUCUCAGUACAACUUCAUCUACAAGGUCCUCAUCCAGUACCUCCGCAACUCCAGGCUGAUCUGAGCACAGGUGUCUGUCCAGCCUCCAUCAACACUGUCACACUGUCACACUGUCAGCACAGAUGAUUUCAGGGUGGAAUUUGCUCCAGGUUUAUGCCAAACUGCACUGUGAUGAUGCAGCUGUAUAAAUCAGUUUAAAUGUAGCGGCCUGUGUGUGGUGGACCCUGUUUUGGCCAAGUAUUAAAUUGGACAGGGCUGAUGGAAUGAUGUGUGGAUUUAUGAAAAAAAAAGAAGAAAAAGACACAAUGCCACAUGAAGGAGCAUAAAGACUUAUAACCUGCCUCUAAACAGUAUUAUGUUAUUUUUACAUACAUUUUUGCUUAAUAAAGCCCAGCACUUUUACAGUACUUUGCUGUACAUAUUGAACCAAUGUUAAGCUGCAUUAAAAAAAAAUCUUUAUUAUA